UAUAUAUGCUGGUAACUGCAUCCUCUGCGCUUUAUAGCUGUCACAGAGGGGCAAAGAAAGACAGUGAGAAAGACAGAAGAGAAGAAAAAACCUUACCAACUCGCUGGUUUUUCUGGUAAGAAGUCCUAAACUCUGAUACCCAUGGAUGCUGCAGAGUUCCGCAAGAGAGGGAAGGAGAUGGUGGACUAUGUUGCAGAUUACCUGGAGAAGAUAGAUAAAAGACAAGUCUUCCCAGAUGUGGAACCAGGAUAUCUAAGGCCCCUCAUUGCAGACUGUGCACCCCAGGAUCCUGAGAGCUUUGAGGAUGUCUUUAAAGACAUUGAGAAGAUCAUUAUGCCAGGGGUGACUCACUGGCACAGUCCGUACUUUUUUGCCUACUUCCCUGCAGCCUCUUCCUUCCCAGCUCUUCUUGCAGAUAUGUUGUGUGGUGGAAUAGGAUGUGUGGGCUUCUCUUGGGCUGCAAGUCCAGCUUGCACAGAGCUGGAGACUGUCAUGCUGGAUUGGCUAGGGAAGAUGAUUAAUUUGCCUGAAGAGUUUUUAGCAGGGAAGGAUGGCCACGGUGGAGGAGUCAUUCAGGGAAGUGCAAGUGAGGCCACCCUGAUUUCACUGCUUGCUGCAAGAACAAAAACUAUCAGACAGGUGCAGUCAGAAAAGCCUGAGCUAACAGAAGCAGAUAUCAUGGGCAGGCUGGUGGCCUAUGCUUCUGAUCAGGCUCAUUCAUCAGUGGAAAGGGCCGCACUAAUUGGUGCUGUGAAGAUUAAAAAUGUUUCUUCAGAUGAUACAUUCAGUGUUUGUGGUUCAGCCCUAAAGAAAGUUUUGGAUGAAGACAAAGCUGCUGGUCUUAUCCCAUUCUUUUUCUGUGCAACACUUGGAACCACACCUUCCUGCUCCUUUGACAAACUGUUAGAACUGGGUCCUAUCUGUAAUAAGGAAAAUAUCUGGAUGCAUAUUGAUGCAGCCUAUGCUGGGAGUGCAUUCAUCUGCCCUGAAUUCAGGCAUCUUUUAAAUGGAGUGGAGUUUGCAGAUUCAUUUAACUUUAAUCCUCAUAAAUGGCUCCUAGUGAAUUUUGAUUGCUCUGCUAUGUGGGUGAAGAAAAGAUCAGAUUUAACAAGUGCGUUUAAAUUAGAACCUCUGUACCUGCAGCAUCACCAUCAGGAGUCUGGCCUUGUAACAGAUUAUCGGCACUGGCAAAUCCCCUUGGGCAGGAGAUUCCGCUCCCUGAAGCUCUGGUUCGUGCUGAGGAUGUAUGGGGUCACGGGACUGCAGGAGCACAUCCGCAAGCAUGUCAGGCUGUCGCAUCAAUUCGAACAUUUAGUCCGUCAGGAUGAAAGAUUUGAGAUCUGUGCUGAAGUUAUCUUGGGACUAGUCUGUUUUCGGCUGAAGGGCUCAAAUGAACUAAAUGAGGCGCUUCUUAAAAGCAUAAAUGAGGCCAAGAAGAUUCAUCUGGUACCGUGCCACCUGCGAGAGAAGUUUGUGCUACGUUUCGCUAUUUGUUCCCGCAUGGUAGAAUCCACCCACAUCAAGUUUGCCUGGCAGCACAUCUCACAGCUGGCAACUGAUCUUCUGAAAACAUGGGAGCGAAACCACCACCAGCAGAAACAGCAGUGAAGUAGCAGUGGGGAGGAGGUAAUUAACUGGCUUUCUCUGUGUGGCCAAGUUUUAUUUUAGGGGCAGGUGGGAAAGUCAGGAUAUGAAAGGAAAAAAAAGAAACCAAAGCCUGUUGUUAUACAGCCCAGCUGCAGUAGCAAAAUCCUUGCCAGCAAGUUGUGUUGUAACCUUAAUCAUUCCUUCUCUGUACUGUGGUUUCAUCUUGCCUGUUUCCAGGGUGCAGAGAGCCAUGGAGGCUCGAGCUGUCAUUUCCUACCAGUUUGUAAUCAAGAGCAUUUACUGAACCAGGCAAUGGAAAUGUGUUAGUGGUCCCUCUGUUGUCCCCUUUAACCUUUAGCACACCCACUCCUUGCUUCACAGGGGAAACUGGGGGGUGUCAUCAAUUCAUUUAACAUUGCUGUGACUUCAGAAGAAUCCAAUUUGGGGAAAAUUCAGUAACCUGGUUCUAAUACUGUUCCGGUCCUAUCUAGGCAGGCUUGCGCAAAUGUUGUUGUCAUGAUCUGGGGCACUGUCAUGUCAUGACAUGCUGUUUGCUGCAGUACUUUUGUAAAUGAAGUUCGAGCUUCAAAACUUUCUUUGUUACACAGCCAGAUCAGGGGAGGGUGAGUACUAAAUGGGCACUAACUGUCCUUAUGGCAGGGUCCCUACUUUCUCCUAAAGGGUUUGCUUUUAAAACAGCCAUUUUGUCAAAUCUGGCAGCUGGUUUUCACUUUGAUCAUUCAUAAUGAGGCCUCCUAAAAACUCCUUCCUAAGAAUUUUGUCAAAAGCCACGUGCUACCUGGUAUUCUGUAUUUUUAACCAUGUUAUUAUAAGCAGUGAUUACUUGAAAAUAAUUAAGCUAUGUUCUGUGAAACGGAGUGGUGAUUUCUUUUUAUGGCUACCAUUCUGCUUACUUCAUUGUGUAAUAAAUCUUUGACAAAAUGUGCUAAGAAAUGUGAUGAAAAAAAUGUUCCUCUUUGUUUCUCAAUUUAGGUAACAAACAAGAUCUAGCAAAUCACAAUAAAAAUAGAAAUUAAGAGAACUAACCCUCAAAAUAUGGUGUGGUGUCCCCCCCAUGGUUUUCUUCCAUUAACAAUGACGCAUGGAAUAUGAAAAUAUCGGAAAACAACCUUCAGAGAAAGUCAAAUAAUGUGUGCUUGACACCAACCAUUGCUAUGUCGUACUGUCGAAGGCAGGUACAGUAAAAAGGUGAAAUGAAAGUCAGAAACCAUAUCUGACUUUAAUAAGUACUUCUGCAGUUUUGAAAACAUAAAUUCCAGGCAGUUAUUUCUGUGUAAGUAAGAUCAAAAUAAAUAGCUACUCCAAGAAAAGGAAUCUGUAGGAUUCAUUUCCACAUUUGCAUUUGUUUUAAUCUUCUCCUUUGAACAACUUGCACAAUUAUACAGCUUUCUUCCUCUGUCACUUGCAAAUAUAAUUCCUACAUUUGGGAAGCUGCAGGUAGACCAUGAAACAUGCACCAGGGCAGCUAAUUUGGCACACAGUCUGCUCCAAACCACUGUCUUUCCAGAAGGGAUUAAAGAAGUUGAGUAUGGAUCUGGUGAUUCCUAAUCACCUCACUUCUGCUGUGCAAAGCGCGGAGGGAUUAGGGUUAACGCAUAUGCAAAUGGUACGUGAGGGAUGUGCAUGAAUCCUGACAGUAAGGAAAAGUGGACCAAGCUCUGCACUUCCAAAAGGUCUGGCUGUGUGCCCAGGGGAGGCAGUGACAUGCCACCCUUCUGUAGGGCUCACCAGAGGCUAUGUUAUCCACCCAGAUGGAAAAGCUGGUUACUAUUUCUUUAAGGAAUUGCUUUCACAGGUAACAGAUGAAGCAAGGGAUGACAAAUGAAUCUGGCAAAAGCCUGUAAUAUUUGAGCAGGUGACUGAGCCAUUCCACCAGACGCUGCUCUCAGCUACAGGAUCAGAAAUUCUGAUGGCAUCAUUCUCGUUAGCAGAACCAAUAUGAAAUUAAGCUUUUCUGUAGUGGCACAAUGCAAUAGAUUGGUAGACUGAAGACAGCAGAAAAUGCUGGCAGUUGUUUCCUUUCUCUGUUAUCAGGUUUUUUUAAAGCAACAUUAUUCAGUUCUCCUGACUUGGGAAAUAAUGGUCCCAUAUGGUCCACAGUGGUACAAUUUUACAGCUUUUGCACUAUGACAACACUAGAAUCUAGGAGCCAGAGAAGAAUUACACCUUCUCUAUGAGACAGACCAGUGUUUUGUAUGUGAAAUAUCUAACCAGGUCUGCCUAGGAACAAAAAAAGAGAUCAGAUUCUGGUCAAAGCUAUCAUAGAGUAAAUCCAGGAUAAUUCCAUUGAAAUUAAAUGGAGUUGUUUUGGGCUUAAGUGACUAUAAUUGAAAUUAAAAUUCUAACUAAUAAGUAUUGGAAAAGAAGUGCAUAAGGUAAGGCAACACUAGGCUGAACAUAAGAGGAUUUUGGUGGAAAUCCUCUCCAUGGAAACUAGAGCAGAGGUGGAUGAUGCACGCCUGUGCGAGCCUCAGGCUGCUGUAGAACAGGGAUGCAGGCAGGAUCCACAUCCAAACCCAGGAAGGGUUAAAUGUUCCCAAGCGCCCAGAAUUAGAUACAGGUCUCUCUAGACAUUUGUGGUAAAAUGGUGCCAAAACCUGACAUUCAAUGAAACACUUUUCAGAUUACGGGUAUUAGUUUUACAACAGGCUGUUGUCCAGAUACCAGAACUUCUGGGAAAGAAUUUAGAAUAAGGGUUAAUUUAAAAUAUUAUAAAUGCAGUAAACGUUAUUUUAUUUUCAUUUUUAAGGAAGUGAUGUAAGUAAAUCUUCCCAGAAACUGCAGUGACAAGACCCCUGGAAUUACAUUUCCCCGUAGCCAGCCCAGUACAGAAAUCUGAAGUUCACAGUCCUAGUUUUUCUGAGGCGAUUUGAAUAUGUAAUUGGUGAAGGGCUUCUUAGGGUUCAGUCUCACAUACCCUCUUUUCCCCACCUGGUAAUUCCUUCAUAGACUAUUAAUGUUAGGUCAUCUGAGAAUGGGAUCUGGUCUAUGUUAUCGACUCCAGAACAAAAGUGUUGAAAAGAACAUUCUGAAAGAACAUAACUGCUGUUUCUGUUCUGUAGCUUUGCAACAUACCUGUGAGUGAGAAGUUCCGUGUUUAUGAAUAGUGAAUGUGUGAACCUGGAUUUAUUGUGCCUUGUGUGCAAAAGCUAAUGCAGUCUGUGCCGAUUAAUACUGUUUGAUGUUAAAAAUAACUACCAAAUCUCAGAGCUGUGCUUUAGUAGAAUAUCCACAUCUCGAGGGAGACAGUGUGGCUGCUGGAGAAGGGGAGGGGAAAGUAACUCCUCAGUCAACAUACAUUUGGGGUUGUUUUUGAACUAGUAGGGUGCUAGUGCCAUACUUACAUUCUUAGUAACAAUGAAAAAUUAUAAAUAUAUUUUAUUACUGAUGGUGAAAUAUUGAAAAGAUGUAUUUAUGAAAAUAUUGCUAAUAUAUUAUAUCUGAAAUGCAUUAUAAUUAUUAAAUUCCUAAUUUUCUCUUGCCUUUACAUAUAAGAUUCUGCUCAUGGUUGUUUUGUUGCUGUCUCCUCUAAGGAUACUGUACUUAUGAGUGGUACUUACAUUGCACUUGCCUUACAACAGCUGUCUAAACCUUGAGACGUGUAACUCGAAUUGCUCAAAGAAUUGCUCAAAGACAGGAACAUACGGGAAACAAAACUGAGAACCCUGAUGACCAGGGUGGUGGAGGCAGAUUAAAUAACCAUGGAUGGCUAAAAUCUACAUAGCAUAUAUAUAGUCUGUAUGACCUAAAUGGAAAAAUAAUCAGAUGUUUAGUGCUUUUUUAUUAUAAUUUGUUGAGUUCCUUUAAAAUCUGUAUCUAAGGACUACUUGAAUGGACACAUAGGUUUUAAUUGGC